AUGAUUGAAUGGAUUAGUGAUGAGCCGACUACUGGUUUGGACUCAUUUAUGGCCAAAAGUAUAGUACAAGUGCUGAAGACUAUGACAUCGGAGGGACGGACUGUCGUCUGUACUAUACAUCAGCCCUCGUCUCCAGUCUUUGAACUCUUCGACAGUUUAUUACUUAUGGCCGACGGAAGGGUAGCCUUCAUGGGGUCCAUCGGUGAAGCAAAAGAUUUCUUUUCAUCCCAAGGAUUAGUUUGUCCCAAAACCUACAGUCCAUCGGAUUAUUAUUUACGGGAAUUGGGAAAUAUGCGACAAUUUUCUUGA